AUGGUGAGCUUAGCUCGACGGUCCGUGGAAGACGUGUGUCCCUGCCUCCUCCUCCCCAUCCUCUCGGAGUGCAAACAGCAGCCACUGACCCUCCAGACACCCGCGCCAUGGCGUUGGACGGUGUCCACGCUGUCCUCACCUGUACUGCUCCACAGUGGGACUUGUCCACUCAGUCAGGAGGACGCACAGAGUGAGCGAGACCAUCGGGCCCAUGUGGCAUCAGGCAGCCGCCUCCUGCUCCCGCGCACCAGGCCCCGCCCAGCCGCGUCCGAGAAGGAGCCCGAGCCGCCCGGCCCCAGAGUGGAGAGCGACGAGGAGGAGGAGGAGGACGACAAGGAGGACGAGGAGGAGAAAGAAAAGAGUCUCAUUGUGGAAGGCAAGAGGGAAAAGAAAAAAGUAGAGAGGUUGGCAAUGCAAGUGUCUUCCUUACAGAGAGAACCAUUUACAGUCGCACAGAAAGGGGCAGAAACUUUUGGAAUUGAAAGGAUACAUUUCUUUCUGAGCAAGAAAAAAACAGAUGAACUUAGAAAUCUACACAAACUGCUUUACAACAGACCAGGCACUGUGUCCUCAUUAAAGAAGAAUGUGGGGCAGUUCAGUGGCUUUCCAUUUGAAAAAGGGAGUAUCCAAUAUAAAAAGAAGGAAGAAAUGCUGAAAAAAUUUAGAAAUGCCAUGUUAAAGAGCAUCUGUGAGGUUCUUGAUUUGGAGAAAUCAGGAGUAAAUAGUGAAUUCGCGAAAAGGAUCCUGAAUUUCCUAAUGCCAAAGCCUUCUGACAAACCAUUGCCAAAAUCUAAAAAAACCUCUAGCAAAGGCAGUAAAAAAAAACGAAAUAGUUCAGGAAUGGCAAGUAAGGCAAAGCGAACCAAACGUCCUGAGAUUCUAUCGGAUGAAUCUAGUGGUGAAGAUGAAAAGAAAAACAAGGAGGAGUCUUCAGAUGAUGAAGAUAAAGAAAGUGAAGAGCAGCCACCAAAAAAGACCUCUAAAAAAGAAAAAGUGAAACAGAAAGCUACUUCUAAAAAUAAAAAGUCUGUAAAAAGUGCAAAUGUUAAGAAGGCAGAUAGUAGUACCACCAAGAAGAAUCAAAACAGUUCCAAAAAAGAAAGUGAAUCUGAGGAUAGUUCAGAUGAUGAGCCUUUAAUUAAAAAAUUGAAGAAAUCACCUACAGAUGAAGAAUUAAAAGAAACAGUAAAGAAAUUAUUGGCCAAUGCUAACCUGGAGGAAGUCACAAUGAGGCAGAUUUGCAAAGAGGUACAUGAAAAUUACCCUGCUUAUGAUUUAACUGAGAGAAAAGACUUCAUAAAAACAACUGUAAAAGAGCUAAUUUCUUGAGAUAGAGGACAGAGACAGAUGACUCGUUUCCAUAGAUUUGAAGUUCUGAUUUAUACCAUUAUACCAGCAAAGAGAAUGUAUUUCCUUUUCUAAAUCCUUAUUAAGCAUUGUGUUGGUAGGACUUACUGCUGACCUUUUAUCUUGAGUGUUACAUAAAUCAGUUGGCCGUUUUAAAAUGCAUUUCUAUGCAGUUUUUAGUUAGAAUCUUGCAUGGCAGUAAUUGUUCCUUGCUUUUAUAGCUGUAUUUUGUACACUUUGGAUUUCUUUAUAUAAGGUCAUAGAUUCCUGAACUGUUGUGGGUUUUAGUGCACUUCAUAUUAGAUUGCUUAAGACAUAUUUUAAUCAAGUAGAACAA